UCCGACGAGUAAGCGAGCGGGCGGACGACGAGCAGCCGCAGAGCCGAGGAGGACACUAUGAUGCUGCUGUGCCUGCGUCACUCGACCUAGUCCUUCCCACAGUCGUGUCCGGGCUGCUGCCGCCACCGCUGCUACUGCUGCUGACUCUGCGGAGGGAGGAUGGGCAGUUGAGUCGUCGUGUCAGCGAGCAAAGAUGGUGUUCCUGAGACGAAGGUCGUUGCUGCUCAAGACCCUGCUGGCCGUUCCCGUCAUCUGGUUCUUCGUGGCCGUGCUCUACUCGACGUCGGACAAGGCACGCGCACGGGGGCCCCUCGAGCCGGCGGCGGCGCCACCCCCGGAGGCGGCCGCCGUCCGCCAGGAGCAGCACCCUGCGCCCGGAGCCCCUGAGCCACCAGAGGUCGAACUGCAACCCCCUGUCGUGGUGGAUAACCAACCUGACGCACCAGGUUUUCACGAGCAAGAGCAGGAAAACGAAAUCAGCAAGAAAGAGGAAGAGGAUGCGGGGGCGAUGGGCGUUCUGCCGUUGCCGAACGGCAACAGCAAGUACGGCGAAAUGGGCAAGCCGGUGGUGCUGCCGAGCAACAUGUCGACGGGCAUGAAGAAGCUGGUCGACGAGGGCUGGCAGAAGAACGCCUUCAACCAAUACGUCAGCGAUCUCAUUUCGGUCAGACGCAGCCUCCCUGACCCCAGGGACGAAUGGUGCAAGAAGGAGGGCCGGUACCAGAACAGUUUGCCUUCGACGUCGGUCAUCAUUUGCUUCCACAACGAAGCGUGGUCGGUCCUCUUGCGCACGGUCCACUCAGUAUUAGACAGAUCUCCAGCGCACAUGAUUCAUGAGGUUUUGCUCGUCGAUGACUUCUCCGAUAUGGACCAUUUGAAAACUCGGCUAGAAAACUACUUCACUAAGUACCCGAAGGUGAAGAUCAUCCGUGCGAAGAAGCGCGAGGGCCUGAUCAGGGCUCGCCUGCUGGGUGCUGCCAGGGCCACUGGCAAAGUACUUACCUACCUGGACUCUCACUGCGAAUGCACCACAGGGUGGUUAGAACCGCUGUUGGACAGAAUCGCUCGCAACUCGACGACCGUGGUGUGUCCAGUGAUUGACGUGAUUGACGACACGACGCUUGAGUACCACUACCGCGACUCUGGCGGCGUCAACGUUGGCGGCUUCGACUGGAACCUCCAGUUCAACUGGCAUUCUGUGCCCGAGCGGGAGCGCAAGCGGCACGAGAACUCUGCCGAGCCGGUGUGGAGCCCGACCAUGGCGGGCGGACUCUUCAGCAUUGACAGGGAGUUUUUCGAGAGGCUUGGCACCUACGAUAACGGCUUUGAUAUUUGGGGUGGUGAAAAUCUCGAGCUCUCUUUCAAGACGUGGAUGUGCGGGGGAACGCUGGAGAUAGUUCCGUGCUCACACGUGGGCCACAUUUUCCGCAAACGCUCCCCUUACAAGUGGCGCUCGGGCGUGAACGUGCUCAAGAAAAACUCGAUUCGUCUGGCCGAGGUGUGGCUCGACGACUACUCAAAGUAUUACUACCAGCGCAUCGGCAACGACCUCGGUGACUUCGGGGACGUGUCGCCAAGGAAGAAGCUGCGCGAAAAUUUGCAAUGUAAAUCAUUCAAGUGGUAUUUGGACAACAUUUACCCUGAACUCUUUGUACCUGGCGAUGCUGCCGCAUCGGGAGAAAUUCGCAAUACUUGGUCGGGCCAGUGCAUCGACUCUGCGUGCAAACCCGAAGACCACCACAAACCCGUGGGUCUGUGGCCUUGCCAUAAACAGGGUGGAAAUCAGUAUUGGAUGCUGAGCAAAACGGGCGAAAUCCGACGCGAUGAAGCGUGUCUGGAUUACGCGGGACAGGAGGUGAUCCUCUACCCUUGCCAUGGCUCCAAGGGCAACCAGUAUUGGGAAUACAACAAAGCGUCAAAACUGGUGCGCCACGGGAGCAGCAAAAAGUGCCUUGCAGUGAACGAUAGCAAAAAGAAGCUGGUGAUGCAGGACUGCAAUCAGCAGAACAACAACCAGCACUGGCUCUUCGAAAACUUCGAUCCGUCCAAACUUAGUCACGACGGGCCAGCUUAAUUUGCAAAACCUCUAGAAAGACAUUUAGUUGGAGAAAUAAUUAGACGCAAGGACAAUUUGCAUUUUUACACGACAGCAUAUCCACUCCACAGAGCUUAUUGUCGCGCCGACUUGGAUUUUCGCAUUUUGUUUUAUGCCUCGCGGCGUUCCGAACGAACAUCCCGAAGGUGCCAGCAUUUUAAUUUUCAGGUUUGAUGGGAGUUUUAACAUUUAACCUGGUGAAAUGGGAGUUUCGGAGCCAGCCGCGCGCGUUUUACUUGUUGUUUGUGAGUCAUCAAGUGUGAUCUUGUUGCAUUGUUGCCAGAAACGUUGAAUUGUGUAUGUGCACCUCGCCGGGCAUUCCUCUUGGACAGGAUUAUUUUUAAAUUUAAUUUCAUGUUCAGUGCAAAUUGAAAGUAUUUAUAUGUAUUGUUGAGAAGUUUGUUUGUACGGUGCUAGUGUACUUAAAUAUCAAAUAAUUUUCGAUCAAGUGCUAGAUUUCGGUGUCUCUUUGAAUCUUGAACUGCUGCACCCCCGCUCUUUCUCAGCACGAUUGUAAAAUUAAAUAAAAGCAGCGCCGUCGCAGGCCUAAAAAGUAUUUGCAUAUCCGCGCGUAAUUGUACACAUUCCGAUCAUUUUGAUUUGUGAUAAAUAUAUAUUUAGAUGUGUAAUUUGUACGCUCAAAGUGUUGCAGGUCUUUUCUUGAGUGCCGUAAUCCAACUGUUUUUAAUUUUGCCUCCGUUUUUAAAUAAUAAAUUGAAACACAUUUAAUUGACAACAA